CCAUCUUUGGACCGCCGAAUGUCCCCCCCCGUCGCUCUCGGUUCGGAACGUGGACGUCGGUGUCGCCGCGCGCGCGCGCAAGAGUCUUGACUGACGACGUAUCGCCGACAACGGCAUGGCUGGGAAGCAGGGAAGGGACCUGGCGCUGUCCAUGUUGAAAGCGUUACCUAGACUGUCACUGGCGAACAUCCGAGAUAAUCCCGGCUCGAGGACACCGACCAAACGUGGCAGGGGUCAACACGGUGGUGACAAGCACGGCGCUGGAAACAAGGGCUCCGGCCAGAGGCAGAAUUACAUGCGCAUAGGCUACGAGACUGGGAACAACCCGUUUUAUCUGAGAUUCAGCAAGGAGCCUUACUACAAGGGACACCACCUGAGGCGAGAGUAUCCGCCGCUCUCUUUACAAAAGCUGCAGAUGUUCAUCGACACAAAUCGGCUGGACAUCGGUAGACCAAUCGAUCUUGUAUCAUUGAUAAACACUGGCCUGUACCAUAUGAAUGUCAACUGGAAACAUGCCGGAGUUCAUUUAACAGAUGAGGGGGCACAUCGCUUUAACGCCAAGGUGAACAUAGAGGUGCAGUGGGCCAGCGAGCCCGUAAUCGCUGCGAUUGAAAGAAACGGCGGUGUGAUUACGACCGCCUACUACGACAUACACUGUCUUCACGCCAUGGUCGAUACGGAACAGUUCUUCGGAAAAGGUGAACCGAUACUGCGUAGACUUCCGCCGCCGACGGAUUGCUUAGAAUAUUAUUCUAGCGCCGCCACGAGGGGGUACUUGGCCGAUCCCGAGAAGAUCUCUCAAGAACGGUUGGUACUGGCGCAAAAGUACGGCUACGAAUUACCGAAAAUCGAGGACGAUCCCGAUUACGAGAUGUUAUGCGAGCGCAAGGAUCCGCGGCAGAUGUUCUACGGUCUGGAACCGGGCUGGGUGGUCAGCCUUAAGGACAAAGUCAUACUGAAGCCGAAAGCCGAGUAUCUGAAGGAGUUCUACGCGAGUUGAAGUGAGGCACGAGGAGAGAUACAUAGAACUGCGAUGUGAAUAAAUUAGAUUUAAUAAAUACUUGUGCGACAAUCGUUUUGUUAUUAAAAUUGCGCGAUCGAAUCUGUAUAUAGAACGAAUCUGCCUCUGUGUAUGUUUCCUGUUAACUUCUAAAUCUUUUCACUUAGCUGAAUCUACAUAAAGUUAUUCUCUCUA